UUCAUCCAAAAUUUUCAGAUAUGGCUGAAUUUCAAGACUAUGUCCAACUUUUCUUUGUUUGGCUAGUCUCAACCAUUCUGGUUCGAGCCAUAUUCACAAGAAAUCAGAACAAGGGUCAUCGUCCACCAAGUCCACCGGCACUACCUAUCAUUGGACACCUUCACCUUAUCUCAAAAUUACCUUACAAAAGUUUUCACAAUCUCUCAACUCGCUAUGGACCCAUAAUGCAACUUUUCCUAGGCUCUGUCCCUUGCAUUGUAGUUUCAAAUCCAGAAAUCGCCAAGGAGUUCCUCAAAACCCAUGAAACAUGCUUCUCAAACCGCUUUAGAAGUGCUGCAGUUCAUUACUUAUCAUAUGGCUCCAAAGGCUUCGUUUUUGCACCUUAUGGAAGUUAUUGGAAAUUCAUGAAGAAAAUUUGCAUAUCUGAGCUUCUUGGUGGCCGAACCCUUGAUAAACUCCUCCCUUUGAGGCAACAAGAGACUCUCAGAUUUUUGAGACUUUUGCAGAAGAAAGGGGAAGCUGGUGAGGCUGUUGAUGUUGGUGGCGAACUCUUAAUUCUCACAAAUAGUAUUAUAUCAAGAAUGACUAUGAACCAAACGUGUUCUGAAAAUGAUAAUGAUGUUGAAGACAUUAGAAAGAUGGUGAUGGACGCUGCAGAGCUUGCAGGGAAGUUUAAUGUUUCAGACUUUGUUUGGUUAUGUAAGAAUUUUGAUUUGCAGGGAAUGAAGAAAAGGCUUAAAGAGAUUCAUGACAGGUUUGAUACCAUGAUGGAGAGGGUGAUAGAGGAGCAUGAAAGGGAAAGGAAGAAAAGGAAAGAAGAGGGUGAAGGUGCUGAAUUUAAGGAUCUACUUGAGAUUUUGUUGGAAAUAAAAGAAGACGAGAACACUGAGAUAGUAUUCACCGGAGAGAACAUCAAGGCUUUCAUCUUGGAGAUGUUUAUGGCAGGAACAGACACAUCUUCAAUAACAACAGAAUGGGCUCUAGCUGAGUUAAUCAACAACCCUCAUGUGAUGGAGAAAGCAAGACAAGAGAUCGAUUCAGUAACAGGAAAGAGUAGAUUAAUACAAGAGUCAGAUCUUAUCAACCUUCCUUACAUGAGAGCAGUAGUUAAAGAAACAUUAAGGAUUCACCCCACAUCCCCAUUUAUAGUAAGAGAAUCAUCUGAAAGCUGUAAUGUUUGUGGUUAUGAGAUUCCUUCAAAGUGUUUGUUAUUUGUUAAUUUGUGGUCUAUGGGGAGAGACCCCAACCUGUGGAAGGAUCCACUUGAGUUCAGGCCACAGAGGUUUAUCAAUGAAGAGAACCAAUUUGAUGUGAGGGGACAGAAUUUCCAACUAAUGCCAUUUGGGACAGGAAGAAGGGUGUGUCCUGGAGCCUCACUAGCACUUCAGGUUGUACCCACUACCCUUGCUGCUAUGAUUCAGUGUUUUGAAUGGAAGGUUGAUGGCACCGUUAACAUGGAAGAAAAACCAGCCAUGACCCUUCCAAGGGCUUAUCCUUUGAUUUGUGUCCCUGUGCCCCGCUUUAAUUUUUUUUCUUCUGUAUAA